UUAAGUGAGGCUAUAAAUCAUAAGUUACCUUAUCGCAGAAUGAUAACGCUGUGUCGCUUCAAUUUAUAAGUGAAUCUCGUAACUAGUCGAGACCUCAGUGUCGUCCCAAGUUUGUAGGUAUUUACAAGUUUUCUGCAAUUAAUAUCCCCCAGUUUUUCGCGUUAUCUUUUUGUUUAGUUGAAAAGGAAAAUUUCAUUUUAAGAAAAUGGCUAACGGACCUGUUGUGAUUAAGGUGGUUGCGUUGGUUGUUCUCUUCGUCGCAACCGUGGUGGGAUGUCACGCUCAUUUCAACAACGCCUUUAAGGACGCCUGGGACAUGGACGGGUAUCCAGAAUUGUGCAAACUUGUGGACACGUGCCCCAAGUCCGCCAUGCCAAUGGAGAAAACCUUCGUCGCCUUGACGAUCAUUUGUCUCAUUUUGUCCACGAUCAGUUUAGUGGCAGGGUUUUUGAUGGAUAUGAAAAAGUUUAAGGGACCGGACGCCGGAUAUCACGUCUUGGCCGGGGUACUUCUCUUCAUCGCGGGAAUUCUCCUGAUCGUGGCCGCCGUGAAGAUUGACGAAUUCAUUCUGGAUGGCUUGGAUCAACUCGGGGGUGGUGGCUUUGGUACCUCCUCGUCAUCCAUCUCCGCCGAAGGCAAACUUUUGUCCUCUUUUACAUCCCCGCAAAUGGCAAAAGCUCUUCCAGAUGAAAUUAAAACCGAGGCGAGGAAACAGUUGAAAUUUUACAAUAAAUUGGCUGGAGGGAGUUUGGCGAUAAUUGAUGGAAUCCUGUAUUUCGUGGCGGCUGGAUUAAUUGCUAAACAAUAAAGCAUUCUUAUUGUUUUAAUUACUGAAUUUUGUUAAGAUGCGUGUAAGUAUGUAUGCAUGUAUGCCGAAUAGAGCAUCCUUUUUUAAAUAAAUAAUUUUUUUACAACAUA